AUGCACGAAUACGUUCACGUCGUCCACAAUGCGUACAGCCCAGCGGAGACCGUCGAGCAGGCUGGUCGACAAGGCGUCUACAAGGCCAACAUGCGCAUCGACAAGAUGUUCAUUUCGGCGGUGGUAGCUGGCAUGCUGCUCGCCUUUGCCUGUGCGGUCUCUCUCAGCACGCAAACGGCACCGUGGUAUCAGGAUAACGCUCCCGGAUUGAUCAGGAUGAUUGGCGCGGUGAUUUUCCCGUUCGGCCUCGUUAUGAUUGUUGUGACCGGUGUGGAUCUGUGUACAGGGAGUUUUAUGAUCACCACCAUCGCCGUCCUCCAACGCCGCCUCUCCGUUCCAAAGAUGCUUAUGCAUUGGUUCGUGACCUUCUUUGGGAACCUUGCAGGAUCUCUCUUCGUUGUUGCGAUCAUCACAGGAUACGGCGGUGUGUUCGACUUGCCGCCUUACAAUGCCGAAGCUAUAACUUUCGCCAACAAGAAAGUCGUUACGCCGCAAUGGCAUAUGAUCUUCCUGCGAGGCAUUGGAGCCAAUUGGCUGGUCUGCAUGGCAUGUUUUCUGGCUUGUAUGGCGAGGGAGUACUUCUCGAAGGUCAUUGCAAUCUGGUGGCCAACGUUCGCGUUCGUUGCGCUUGGAUUGGACCACGUCGUUGCCAAUAUGUUUUUCGUCCCAAUUGCCAUAUGGCAAAACGAUCCUCAAAUAACAGUUGGAUAUUACAUCUGGAAGAGCAUGAUCCCAGCCCUGAUCGGCAACAUCAUCGGAGGAGGGGUUUUCGUGGGCGUAGUCUACUGGUAUCUCCACAUGACAAACGAGCCUCCCGUUGCUGUUGACGGCGUGUAUUACUCGACAGUCAAGGAGCCUCUCCUCACCCUGGGCUCGAAGCCGUGGAAGAGUGGAGGCGGACCAGGCCCUGCUAGUGGAGGUGUAUCUCCUCGUGAGGAGUCUGAGGAGCGUAAGAAGAGCGCCGAAGCCAUGGUGUAG